CUCUCUCUCCCUCCCUCCACCCCCCUCUGUGUGCGCAGGACUGAGGCAGUUGGUUCGCUCCAGAGUGUCUGAGAGCCGCGAGUACUAUGUGGGGCUGUUAUUUAGGUCUGUUACAACACGCUAGGAGCAGCUCACCCCGAGCAACCAGCACCGCAGAUCAGCCGGAGAGGGAAAGAGAAACAAGCAGCGUGACAGAGAGAGAGAGGAAACGCUUACAAGAGCAAAACCAGCGGGAUCAGGCAGCACGUAUAUCCUGACUAGAGGAAUUCCAGCAGGGGAUUUAGCACUGUCGUAGCUGCGGGUGUUGUUAUUGUUUUUUUUGGUGACGCGAGGCGUUCGGAGGCGGGUGGGCAAAAGGGACGCAGCAUGUUCGACUGUAUGGAGGCUCUGGGCAUGGGUCCCCGCCAACUCUACGAUGCCACCAACCGGGGUGCAUGCAUGCUUCGGAAGGCGAGCCCCUUCUACGCAGGACUGGACCCUUUUGCUUGGAUGGGGACGGCCAGCAUACGCUCGGUGGAGACCCAGAGCACCAGUUCAGAGGAGAUGGUGCCCAGCUCCCCUUCUCCACCACCUCCACCGCGUGUUUACAAGCCCUGCUUCGUCUGCCAGGACAAGUCUUCCGGGUACCACUAUGGUGUCAGUUCUUGCGAGGGCUGCAAGGGUUUCUUCCGUCGCAGUAUUCAGAAGAACAUGGUGUACACCUGCCACCGUGACAAGAACUGCCAGAUCAACAAGGUCACACGCAACCGUUGCCAGUACUGCCGGCUGCAGAAGUGCUUUGAGGUUGGCAUGUCUAAGGAAGCUGUGCGCAACGAUCGAAAUAAGAAGAAGAAGGACGUGAAGGAUGAGGUUGUUCCACCAGAGAGCUACGAGCUGAGUGGGGAACUGGAGGAGCUGGUCAAUAAAGUGAGCAAAGCACAUCAAGAGACCUUCCCUUCACUCUGCCAGCUGGGAAAAUACACCACAAACUCAAGCUCAGACCACCGGGUUCAGCUGGAUCUGGGCCUAUGGGACAAAUUCAGUGAGCUUUCCACCAAGUGCAUCAUUAAAAUUGUGGAAUUUGCCAAACGCCUUCCGGGCUUCACCACUCUCACCAUCGCAGAUCAGAUCACCCUCCUUAAAUCAGCCUGCUUGGAAAUUCUAAUGCUGCGAAUCUGCACACGAUACACACCGGAACAGGACACAAUGACCUUUUCAGAUGGACUCACCCUCAACCGGACUCAGAUGCAUAAUGCUGGCUUCGGCCCGCUCACUGACCUGGUGUUUGCCUUUGCUGGUCAGCUUCUGCCCCUUGAGAUGGAUGAUACGGAGACUGGACUCCUCAGCGCCAUCUGCCUCAUUUGUGGAGACCGAAUGGAUCUUGAGGAGCCUGAGCGUGUAGAUCGUCUGCAGGAGCCCCUGCUGGAAGCUCUGAAGAUCUAUGCACGACGCCGCCGACCCAACAAACCUCACAUGUUCCCUCGCAUGUUGAUGAAAAUCACUGACCUGCGUGGCAUCAGUACCAAGGGAGCAGAAAGGGCCAUAACUCUCAAGAUGGAGAUCCCAGGCCCCAUGCCUCCUCUCAUUCGAGAGAUGCUGGAAAACCCAGAGGCCUUCGAGGAUCAGGCUGAGUCCACAGAGAAGAAGCCCGAGCUCGAACAGCCCACUCCUCCACCCGCCCUGCUUACUAUGAAGAAAGAGCAGGAGGACGAGGAUGACAGCUGGGCCACAGAGAACGGCAGUGAGCCUUCACCGGAGGAGGAGGAUGACGAUGACGACGACGGAGAGGAGGAGAGGGGUACAGACAGCGACGGAGAGGCCUGGGGCGGCCAGGAACCCAAUGUGGACGUGUCCAGAAAGAGCCAUGGAGGAAGAGCUCAGUGAGGAAGCUUUCUUCUUCCAGCCU